GGACUGGGAACAGGAGAUACGAUGUGGAUCCUCCUGAUUCUUCAAGUAGUUGCUGCCGUUGACUUGGAGACGACCACCCAUGAGACGUCGCUCGAGCAUGAAACGUUCUUCGGAAACUUGGAACCGACCGCGGAGUCGAUUGUCGACCAUCAGCUUAUUCCUUCCGAAUCCCAGUCGGAGUUCCUCGGUGCUCUGCAAGUUGGGCGUUUUGCUUCAAAUCGUUACCGGAAAAAGCGACGUCUAACACGAGUUUCCGUAGUGAAGAGAAUCGAAGGUCUCACGAAUCUUCCGUCGUCCCACUGUCUCGCUCAGUGUCUGCGGAUGGGAAACUCAUGUGCUGCAUUCAAUUAUGCCCGUUCUGAGGGUGUAUGUGAACUGCUCGAGGCUCAUGUCUGCAGCCAGUCUGGAAUCCGACUCAACAAUAGCGACGCCUUCACAUAUUUUGACGUUUACGACAAACCGGGAGCCGAGGACGAGGGUCCGAUGUUCAAAUCGCCAUAUUGCUCCAAGAUCGGGCUCUGUAAUCCAGCCUGUGAACAAUGUGAGUGCUUGUCGUUGUAUCAUGUAGGAACUGCUCUGGACGUUCAGGAGGCUUCAUGGUUGCGGGAUGCUGUCGCACGAGUCUAA